AUGAGCGCUGGGCGGCGACGGCCCACGGCUGUCUCCGCGGCUCGGGACAAGUCCCUGCAGGACGAUUGGGAAGCCCCGCCUCUUGGCCCUCCCUUCUUCAGUCUCAUCCCUCAGGUGUCUCCCUCCCUUAAUAACUAUUUGCCUCUUUUUCUUAGCCGAAGCUGCUCUGAAACAGCCAGGAACGAAGGCAGGCAGGCAGAGCAGAGGACUGGACUGAACCGCAGGCGGCUGUGUGGGUGAACGGGCGCUUCGGAGGAGCUGCGCCGACAGGAAAAGCCACCCUGCCGCUUCUUUGAGGCAGUUUCUUCCUGGGCUGGAGAACCGAGAGAGAGAGGAACGAGGCGGGAGGAAACCGAAGCCCCCGAGCCGGAGAGCAGGAAAGGCUUUUCGGUUGCUCGAGGGCCGGCAGCCACUUUGGGGCCUGGCGGGAGUUGAGGCUGUUCUGAAAGAAUGGUUUGCUCCCCUCCGUCUCUCCUUUGUGUUCUGGAUCCCUGAUCUCAGCAGCUCUCGCCAAAGGCGAAGAAAGCAGCGAGUGAAGUGAUUCAGCAGCUUGGCUUAUUUCCUUCCCGGCUCCGAAGGCAGAAAGGAACUGAGUUGUGGUGUGUGUGUGUGUGUGUGUGUGUGUGUGUGAACACACCAACAUGGCCCGGAGACCGGGGGCCCUGGGCUGCCCAGACCCCCAAGGACUAUAGUGUCCCAAGUCAGCUGGGACUCGGGAGUGCCCCAAGUUGAAGUUUCCUAUUUGAGAGGGAGGAAGCCUCCUUGUUUCGGUUUAGGUGGGACCUGCCAUGUCCGGAGGGAUGAAGUUUAAUGGGUACAUGAAGGUGCGCAUUGGGGAGGCUGUGGGGCUCCAGCCCACCCGCUGGUCACUCCGGCAUUCACUGUUCAAAAAGGGAUACCAAGUGCUGGACCCUUACAUCACAGUGAGUGUGGAUCAGGUACGAGUGGGACAAACCAGCACCAAGCAGAAGACUAACAAACCUACUUACAAUGAGGAGUUUUCUGCUCCUGUCACCGAUGGGCGCCAGCUGGAGUUGGCAGUCUUCCAUGGCACUCCUAUUGGCUACGAUGACUUUGUGGCCAAUUGCACUGUGCCCUUUCACGAUCUGCUUCAUGGCACAGGGUCUUCUGACAGCUUUGAAGGAUGGGUGGACCUGGAACCUGAAGGGAAAAUAUUUAUAGCAAUAACCCUCUCAGGCAGCUUCACCGAAGGAACACUCCAGAGGGACAGGAUCUUUAAAAACUUCACACGGAAACGCCAACGGGCCCUGCGCAGGAGAGUUCAUCAAGUCAAUGGACACAAGUUUAUGGCAACUUAUUUGCGGCAACCAACGUACUGCUCACAUUGUCGGGAAUUUAUCUGGGGAGUAUUUGGAAAGCAAGGAUACCAAUGCCAAGUUUGCACAUGUGUUGUGCACAAGCGUUGUCACCAUCUCAUAGUUACAGCUUGCACAUGUCAGAAUAAUAAAAAGAAGAUGGAUAUAAAGAUUUCUGAGCAGAGGUUUGGAAUCAAUAUCCCACACAAGUUCAGAAUCCACAAUUACAAAGUGCCAACCUUUUGUGAUCACUGUGGUUCUCUCCUCUGGGGAAUCUUGCGACAAGGGCUUCAGUGUAAAAUGUGUAAAAUAAAUGUACAUAUUCGGUGUGAAUCCAAUGUAGCCCCAAACUGUGGGGUGAAUGCAGCAGAACUAGCCAAGACGUUGGCAUGUAUGGGACUGCAACCUGGAAAUAUCUCUCCAAAUGGGAAAUUAGUCUCAAGAUCAACACUGAGACGUCAGAAAAAAGACAGCACAAAGGAUGGCAGUGGGAUGGUUGAAGUCUCAGCCAGUAGGCUUAAAAUUGAAGAUCUAAUAUUCAUCAGAGUGCUGGGAAAGGGCAGUUUUGGAAAGGUAAUGCUGGCUAAAACAAAAGAGACAGGAUAUCUUUAUGCCAUCAAAGUGCUGAAGAAAGAUGUAAUUCUGCAAGAUGAUGAUGUGGAGUGUACUCUAACAGAAAAGCGGAUCCUGACUUUAGCAAGAAACCAUCCUUUCCUCACUCAGCUCUUCUGCUGUUUUCAGACCGCUGACCGCCUCUUCUUUGUUAUGGAGUUUGUGAAUGGAGGGGAUUUGAUGUUCCAUAUCCAGAAAUCCCGUCGCUUUGAUGAAGUCCGAGCCAGAUUCUAUGCUGCAGAAAUCAUUUCAGCUCUCAUGUUCCUUCACGAGAGUGGCAUCAUUUACAGAGAUCUGAAACUGGAUAAUGUGCUACUGGAUCAUGAGGGCCACUGCAAGCUGGCAGAUUUUGGAAUGUGCAAAGAAGGAAUCCAUGAUGGGAUCACCACUGCGACAUUCUGUGGAACCCCUGACUAUAUUGCUCCAGAGAUUUUGCAGGAGAUGCUUUAUGGUCCUGAUGUUGACUGGUGGGCGAUGGGGGUGCUCCUCUAUGAGAUGCUCUGUGGUCAUGCUCCAUUUGAAGCUGAAAAUGAGGAUGACCUCUUUGAAGCUAUCCUCAAUGAUGAAAUUGCCUACCCAUCAUGGCUCCAGGAAGAUGCAGUGACAAUCUUGAAAGCUUUCAUGACAAAGAACCCUAAAAUGCGACUAGGAAGCAGUGCCUUGGGUGGAGAGAAAGCGAUUCUCCUGCAUCCCUACUUUAAGGAACUGGAUUGGGACCUGCUAAACCAGCGCCAGAUUGAGCCACCUUUCCGACCUCGAAUCAAAUCAAAAGAAGAUGUGAGUAACUUUGAUCCUGAAUUUUUAAAGGAAGAGCCGAUUUUGACUCCCAUUGAAGAAGGAAUACUAUCCAUGAUCAACCAAGAGGAAUUUAGAAACUUUUCUUAUACAGAUCCAGAAUUAGAGUCUUAGCUCCAUGUUGACUGGGCUCUCUAUUCAGCAACAAAGAAGGAUUGGAAUAUGGGAUUGCCUAGUCAUUUCUUCAACUGGACCAUCCAACAGGCAGACUUAUACUAUGCAUCAGAGUAAAGAGGAGAAAAAUGAAACUGAGGAACUCAGCAGGAACAAAUAUUUCUUCCAGUAAAUGAAUGAUGCACAAAAGACGAAUGGGUAGAGCUUGUUAGCUCUGAAUGGCUACUGAAGUAACUUUGCAGUAACUGUGGGGAAUUUCUGGAAAAACAAAAUCAACUCUGAGCCAAAACUACCUUUUUGCAGCACUGAUUUCCCAUGAAAUAACUUGGCUGAACUAUCUUCCGCAAUCAAGGAAGCAAAAAGAGAAUAGGGCUGACUGGCUUGAACUGUAUUAGAGAAAGGUUACAUGUGCUACUACUUUGCUUAGAGGUUAUAGGUUCAGGUUUCCUCAAAUCAGAGUGAGUACACAUCUGUUAGAAAUAUUUUGGAUGCCCAUUUACAAAUAUAUGUGAUUAUACACAUUGACAGGAAAUAAAGAAAAGAGAGCGGGAGGGCGGGAGAGAAGGAGGAAGGAAGGAAGGAAGGAAGGAAGGAAGGAAGGAAGGAAGGAAGGAAGGAAGGAAGGAAGGAAGGAAGGAAGGAAGGAAGGAAUUCUGCAUUGAAUGCUACUGAGGAUGUUUGAUGAUACCGUAUGUAUGGGAUUUGGUGGGAUGCUCCACCGUGCCCAUCUUUAUCAUUAUCCACUAGAUACUGGCAAUCAGGUAAAAAGGGGAACAUCAUGAUAUACUCUCAUGCUAUGGAUAUGUGUCCAUGUGAAGGAACAGGAGAAUCAAUCCACCUGCUACCUCUGCAUUAGAAUGUGGGAAAUAUUAUCUGCAGAUUUGUAAAAUAUCGAGGUUUUGUAAAAUUUGGCUAAUUUAGUUUUUAGGGUUUUCUUCUUUUUAUGACUUUUAUUCUUCUUGCCUGAAUUUGCAGAACAACUUACAACUGAUUCUGUUUUUUAUCCAAAGACAACUUUACUUUGGAUUCCCUUUACAAACUGAUGGCAUUUCUAAGCUGCUCAUUUUUUUAAAAAAUGAAAAUUUAAAAAUGUAGCAGUUAAAUUACUUGUCCACCUGGAUGAAGGACAAUGCACUGAAGCUAUUUGUAACUUAAUUCACAUACUAAAUCUGAAUUAAGAGAAACCACACAAUAUUUGACAUAUUGUGAUCGUGUGACUUCUUUGCCUCAACAGUAACAUGGAGCUGAGAGUUUCAUGCUCAAGUCAGGGAAUUUAAUCUGUUGUUAUUGUUGCUAUCUAUUAUCAUUUUCAAAGCAUGUAAUAAUGUAUGCAAGUAUCCUGAUGUUACCAGAUUCUGCUUUAUAUCUCUCCAAGCAUAUCAAUCCACAUUUUAAUUAAACUAGAUGUCAACUUCAUUUAUAAAU